UUCGGCUGAGAACAGGAAAAAAAAAUGUCUGCGGAGUAAGACGUUGGGAGAUGAGAAAAAGAGGAGGAAAAAAAAGAACUACAAAAAUCAUCAUCAAAGGUUCCACGAGGUUGAAGUGAAGCAUAUCAGAUUGACUGUCAGGCACCAGUAGUUAACAAAAAUGGUGCGAUCCAACUCCCCUUCGCAUUCUUCAAGAUCAAAAUCUGGGUCUCACUCUAGCUCAAGAUCUCGUACCAGAUCACGUUCAAGGAAAAAGAGAUACAGUUCUAGAUCUCGAUCCAGAUCAUACUCCCGUUCCCGAAGUCGGGAACGUGAGCGUAAUUACCCCCGAGAUUAUCGACGAGAUUACCGCAUGAACAGAGGGAUGAGGCGCCCCUAUGGGUUCCGCGGUCGGGGUAGAGGCUACUAUCAUCAGGGUGGUGGGCGCUUUCAACACCGAGGCGGGUUCAGGCCCAACUGGCAGAACCGGCACUACUCUCGUAGCCCCAGAAGGGGGCGCUCUCGGUCCAGGACUCCAAAACGCAGGUCAGCUUCACAGAGAUCUCGAAGCAAAUCACACCACUCCGAACGCUCUUCUCCAUCCCGCAGAUCCUCCAGCUCCCGCUCCUCCUCCCACUACAGCAGGUCCCCCGUUGCCUCAAAGAAGCGCAGCUCCAAGGACAAGCCUGGCAAGAAAUUGGAAGGGGGUCCUAUGAAGGACGAAGGGGCAGGCAGGCAGCUGGAUGAGAAGGGGGAUGUAAAAAGUGAACAGGCAGCCAACUUGUUGUCUUCCAAGUCGAUCUCUGACCUCAAGAGGACCCCUGCUGUCAUUGCUGAGAGCUGGAUAGGGAUUGCUGCCUACAACGACACCAGCCCCCACUCCCACCGCAGUCCCUCCCCCACCCCCACCCCGCCCAGCCAGAGCUCCUCGCGCUCAGACACUGUCUCGCGCCAGGUUGCCUCUAAAAUCAGCCCCCCCUCCUUGCCUUCACACCGGUUACAUUCCAUGCAGCAUAGCCCUGAUGGUCUUUUGGGGAAUUACAGCCCCUCCCAUGACAGCCCCCUCUACUGCACCUCCCCCAGGAGGAGUCCAGCUAAAGCUUUCUCUGCCAGUCAGAGCAGCAGAGCAUUUUUCCCUAACAGUGAUGAGCAGGAUCUCCCAAAAGCUGGAAAGUACCUCAAAAGGUACACAGAAGAGGAUGGUAGCAGAGUUUACCUACACGAAAGGGGUAACGGGAGGGAGAAAGAUGCCCAGAAGGACAGAGUACAAGAGAAAGGCAGGGCUGAGCAGGGAGGCUUAGAUCUCGGGGGCAAAAAGGAGGGUGAAAAAGUGCCUUUCCUGGGUGACUCUCCUGAAGUAGAGGAGGAGGAGGAGGACGAGUCUCAAGCCUAUAGGCAGCCCUACCAGUUUAAAGUGACCAGUCAGGUAGAGCAGGUUAAGACUUAUGCAGUUGAGUCCCGCUGGAGCUUAGACAGCCAGGAGGAAAGUGGCAAGUAUAAAAUUAAAACAUUAUCAAAAGGAGAGAGGGAUUAUGACAGGUUUGGGGAGGACAGGACAUACAAGUUUAAGGAUACCAGCUAUUUGGUGGACAGGCUAGGUGUAAAUAAAGGGAAGUACGCAGAAGAGGGUAAGAGUGCAGAAAAGUUUGACGAGAAAAUUACCAUAAAGAGAGACACAGUGUCCCCACAGCAGCUCAAGGCCGAGAAGCUCAGAGAGCUCUAUGAGCAUGGUGGUCUGCUGAAAAAGACUGUUGAUAUGAGGGAUAAGGCAUUGCUUCGAGAUGAAAGCCUAGCUAGGGUAAAAAUGGUCACCAAUGAGGCCUGCCGUCCUGAGGUGAAAGUGGUGUAUGAUGACCCAAGCCCAGGGACUUCCGUCGCAAGUGAAAGAUCUCUUGCAAGUGCGCUUGUCCACUCUGUCAAGAGGGAGCAAGGAUUUCGUUCCAUCUUUGACCACAUAAAGGGGCCUCAGGAGUACAAAAGUUCUGCAGAGUCUUUUAUUCAGCAUAUUGUGUCCUUGGUUCACCAUGUAAAGGAGCAUUACUUCAAGUCAACAGGAAUGACCCUCCAUGAGCGGUUCACUGUCCAUCAGAAAGCUGCUGAAGGACAUGAAGCCAGACCAAAAAGUCCAGAGAUUCACAGGAGGAUCAACAUCUCCCCCAGUGUUUUUAAGAAGGAGAGAAUCAUUAAGGAAGAAGGUCACAAGGGUGAGAAAAAAUCAAGAUGUGAUUCAGCUGACUUGAGGCAUGACAUUGAUCGUCGGCGAAAGGAGCGGAGCUGGGAACGAGACGACUCGAGGGGUUCUCGUGAACCCAGCCCGUCACGAAAACUGGACAAACUGGGCAAAGAAUUCAAGGACUACAAAGACUACCAGUUUUACAGUGAUGAAAGCAAGCACAAAAACAAAGAGCGAGACCAUUCAAGAUCGUCAUCCUCCUCUUCUGUGUCACAGGAAGAUAAGGAUAGCCGGAAAGAAAGGGACGAGGAAUACAAGUCCCACCACGAACAAAAAGAUUACUCAUGUUAUCAGGGAGGAAAUAGGGCAAGGGGAACUUUUCAAUUUCGGAUAAGAGGAGGCAGAGGAAGAGGCAGGGGAGUCUUUUCAGGGCAGAACGCCGCACCCAGUAUUCCUAAUGUACCUUUCCAGAAGAGACCAAAGGAAGAGGAAUGGGAUCCUGAAUAUACUCCAAAGAGCAAGAAAUAUUUUCUGCAUGAUGACAGAGAUGAUGGGAUUGACUAUUGGGCCAAAAGAGGAAGGGGACGUGGCACCUUUCAGCGUGGCAGAGGGCGGUUCAGUUUCAAAAAGUCCAGCAGCAGUCCCAAGUGGACGCAUGAUAAGUAUCUGUGUGAGGGAAAUGUGGAAGAUGAAGAGGAAGUAGAAAACAAUGAACAACGGAAGGACAAGCGCAAAGAUGAGAAGGUAGAGAGUGUAAUGGGACAGAAUAGUAAUAUGAUGUAGCAGGUCCUUAAACCUUUUUAUGCAUUGACAGUGGCCCUAGUUGUAUCUAUGAUAAUUCUGUUCAUAAUUAUUAUUGUACACCAUGUUGCUUGAGUUUAGUCCUUGUUUCUGUACUAAAUUGAGUACUAGCUAAUAAUAUACUGUCUGCAGGUCUUCCCCAGUUCUGUACUUGGUGCUAAUUGCAGUGAAAAACACAGGGAACACGGUUUGGAAUCAGCUGAUAUCAACUUUAGUACAGAACUCGUGGUUAAACUGAUCAUUUCUACUUCUAGUUUCCAGUCUUCCAAGAAGCAGGCUGCUUGGAAAAAUACACGUACUGCAUGUACAACAGUCAAAGCAAACUUUAUUCAUUUUAAAACUGUUGGCGAAUAGGGAGUUUUUAUGUUUAAGUUGGAUGUGCAAAAGUUCAUUUCAACGGAGCUGACUGUGGAGCGCAGCUUUUGUUUUCCACAGUUCCUUCAUUUGGCCAGGCAUGGUUUCAGGCGAGUAAAGGCCUUCUACUAGUGUCACAAGCUACGACUAUAGUUUUGUUUUAUUGUUGUUAGUACUGUUAAUAUUACAUUACUGUUCAAAUUGUACAUGUACACCGAAUUUUAGUAGUUUUAUGUUGUGGAAUAUGGGUAGGAGAGUUGUUUUAACCGAUGUUUACCUGUUUCGUGGUCCUGAAAAGUUCUCUUUUAAUGCGGAAAACCCGGAAGCCCUAAAUAUAGCAUAAAAAAAAAAAAAAAGUUCAUAAGGAGCCAUAAGUGUUAAAUAUGGUAUGUUUGCAUGAAAGACAAAAAAAAUAAAAUGAAUAAAUAAUCGAUUCUCAGUUCUUGUGCAUUAUAUUUUGCUAUUGAACUCUUUCAUGGAUUGACGUUGUUCUGUGAAAUGUCUUAUAUUAACUAAAAUAAAAAUGCUUUUAAAACAACCAAAUUCCCAUUGGGCUUAUUCUGUUUUAGAUUCUUUUCAUUUUUGUAUGUAUUACUAGGCAGGACUAUGGAGGAUAAUUCGUACCAAAAUAAUUUAAAAAAUAAAUAAAUCUAACUACAUUUACAUUUAUUUAUUUGUUUUAAUUUUGGCACAAUGCUUUCACUCUAGUAUUUGUCAUUGAGCGUCAAUCAUACUGGAAGGGCCGCGCAAUCCGGCAAGUGAAUAGAUGAUCUAGUAACUUUGCCUUGGGGUUGUGUAGGGGUGGUGACUGCAGUUGUGCAAUAUGGAGCGCCAUUUGUGCCAAAACUAUACAGCCAUUAAUUUGUCAAUUCGUUGGUCAGUUUAUGAAUUGGUCCACUUCUCCAGCAAUUCGUCAAUCCAUGCAGUAAUUCAUAAACUUUAACUCGUCUAAUAAUUCAUUAAUUAAUUUGCCAGUUCAUUAAUACAAAAGGCUGUAUGGACUCUAGUGUUAAGUGUUUACUGGGUACUACUUAACCUGCAAAUUUCCAAUCAACCAGACAAACUUCCCGAUUAAAAAAAAAAUGUUCAACCGUAUAUGUUAGAAAAUUAUUUCACAAAUAAUUAACACACAAAAAUAGUAAUAAAAUAUCUGAUAUGAUAAUCUUUUAAAAUUCCUGUUACCCGCUUCUGAAAACUAUCAGUAAAUAUCAUCGAUGACAUGUGCGAUCAUCAGUUAAGUAUAUUUACACACAUGCGCAGCGGAAACAGGAUAGUGCUCAGAAAAAUAUUAUUUUUCAUAAUAAUUAUGUAUUGUCUUAAUUUGCUAAAGUUGCUGUUUUCUUCAAAAGACCUUGGACAAAUGUGAAAAGACUUCAAAAGUUUGAUGCAUUUUUUUUUUAAUAUGGCGAAAACCAGCAACAUUUCUUACACCUCCAUUUUUUUUUUGCUGAGCUCUCUGUAUAUACAGCAAUGCUUUGUGCACAGUGAGACGGAAGUAGAUUAUCUUGUUAAAUAGAAUAACUUGAAAUGCCAUUUCUAAUAAACU